UCCAAAGUCUGUAGGAUUCACCCUCUGGGGAUCAUGAAUGUCAAAGUUUCACAACUAACGUGGUUAAAAGAAGUGUUGGUACUUCUCAAGCUAAAUAGGUAUCUAUGGAGUACUGUACUGGACAGUAAGAUGAACACCUUAACAUCCGAAAACAGAUAAAACAACAGUUUUAAACAUGUGCCAUGGGGUGACACUUAAACUGAAAUAUGCUGUUAUUUUGUCAAAAAACGAAUUAAGAGGUCUUCAGAUAUUACUAUUAUUAAAACUCCAAUUACAUUACUGAUGAGUACAGCAUGUACAAUGCAUUUUUUUCUCAGUUUGACCGUACAGGCCUGACAGAUAUGGAACAUAACCAUGCUGCCAAAGCAAAUCACAAUAAAAGUCAACCUCAUCUACGCUCCUCUCAGUUCUUUGUUUCCCCUCUCUUUCUGCUGGUUCACAGUCAUAGCAACAAUGCGUGAUCUGAAACGUAAAGAUAAGCUGGUGGAGGCUGCCGGGGAGGCGUAUGGGAACACUCUUUCUCUGGCUGUACUAGACGUCUGCAGCGACGAGUCUGUCAAACAGUGUAUUAAUGGCAUCGAAGAUAGACGCGUGGAUAUCCUCAUCAACAACGCAGGUGUCGGCCUGGUGGGUCCAGUGGAGAGCAUCCCCAUCGAAGAUAUGCAGAAAGUGUUUGAGACCAAUUUCUUCGGGGUGGUACGCCUGAUCAAAGAGGUGAUGCCUGACAUGAAGAAAAGGAAAGAAGGACACAUAAUCGUGGUCACCAGUGUGAUGGGACUGCAAGGCGUGGUGUUCAAUGACGUGUAUACAGCUUCCAAGUUUGCGAUAGAGGGCUUCUGUGAGAGUUUGGCUGUGCAGCUCUUGAGGUUUAAUAUCAGAUUGUCUAUGAUCGAGCCCGGCCCGGUGCACACAGAGUUUGAAGGAAAGAUGAUUCAGGAAGUGAUGCAGAAAGAGUAUCCCGGAACGGACCCUGAUACUUUGUAUCAGUUCAAAACCAUCUAUCUUCAGUCUGCUAUUAACAUCUUUGAGAUAAUGGGACAAACGCCUGAUGUCAUCGCCAGAUGUAUUAAGAAAGUGAUUGAAGCAAGCACCCCGCGUUUCCAUAAUCUGACCAACCCCUUGUACAUGCCCAUUAUAGCGAUGAAAUACGCUGAUGAAACUGGAACUCUGUCUGUCCAAGGCUUCUACCACAUGUUCUAUAGCCUGGGUCCUCUAUUGAAUGUCACCGCAGCUGUCAUGAGGUUUUCCAGUUUUCUGAAGAGAAGGACAGUUUCACCAGACUAGAGACUUUACACAGAUGUCAACAUUAACAUCCUGAGUAUGCU